UUUGGAACCAAGGAAUGGAACUAACAUGCGACAGUCUGUCAACUGAAAGUUUCAUGAGUUCGCUCCCUUGCCAAGAUCCUGGCGAACAGUCUCUUACCGUGUGAUUGAGGCUCAGAAAUUAUUUUUCUUUUGGUGAUGAUCGUGCUGGGCUGGAUGCUUUUUGUUGGCCUUGCGUCCUACAUGGGCACAUUUCCAGAGGCAAUGCCUCCAGCUCUAAAGUGGAAAGAGAGGUUGCCUGGCCGGGAGAACAAGGCACGGCGGCGAAGGAUCCAAGCUUUGGAGGAGGAGCUGCUGCUAUGAGUGAGUCAGGAACGAUGUGGAAGGGAUAUAAGUAUCCCCCAGGAGGGACCCCUCUGGAAGUAAACAAAGAUGACCCUGGUGAACCCAUGCAGCUGUGAAGAUCACCCAACUGCACAGUUCCUGUUGUAGGUUUCGCAUAAAGUAAUCGCAC